AUGCCUCCCCGACUCAACUUAUUUGCCGCCCACAGGGCUGCCAAUGCCCUCCGUCAAUCGAGCGUGCCCUCCGGCGUACCCCGUGGUACCACUUUGCCUCUUCGAUUCCGCGCCGAGCAGUCUACCCCAGUCCAGAAAAGAUGGAACUCGUCGAAGGACGACUCGAAGAAUAUCCAGCCCGAUGAGCAGAAGUUCCCCACACAAGAUCCUCUUCCAUCUGUCACAGAGGAGGCCGCAGAAAUGUCGAGGAUCAUGGAGAAGGAGAAGAGUUGUGAUGGACAGCCCUCCUCUCCAGAAUUGGAGCAAGGAACUCCCGUCGAACAGAUUCUCCAGCGCGACGAGAAGGCCCGCAAGCUCAUGCCCAAGAUUAUGCAGGAACAAUUCAAGAAGAAGGGUGGUUCUAGAUCGUUCUCAACAUCGGCUCGCAGCUACCUCCCUGAGACCGAGAAAUUUGGAGCCAAUGACGAUAUGUCAGCUGCCAUCCUUGCCGAUAUGAUCGGACAACUCAAUGUGCAGGCCGCAGAGAAGAUUCCAGAGGGCCUCAAGUUUGAAGAACCACCUGCUCCGACCAAAAAGGCCAACUUUCGGAAGCGUUACGACUCGCUGCAGGAUCAAUUCACAAAGAUGUUGAUGCAUGAUGGCAAACUAGCUCGGGCACAGAAGAACAUGUCUAUUAUUCUUGAUCACCUCCGUACCGCACCUCCCCCCAACAUCAAUCCCCGCCGACCCCUCCUUGGUGGCCCUCCCGGCCCUCAGUUGCCCCUCGACCCUGUUCUUUACCUCACCUUGAUUAUUGACUCCGUGGCACCGCUUUUCCGAAUUCGCCAACAGAAGGGUAUUGCUGGUGGUGGUACAGCUGUACAGGUGCCCGCUCCGCUCGCCCUGCGCCAGCGUCGCCGCGCCGCAAUCAAGUGGAUCAUUGAUGGAUCAAACAAGCGCCGUGAUGCGCAACUGGCCCACCGUGUUGCCAACGAACUGGUGGCUGUUGCAGAGGGUCGUAGUGGUGUAUGGGAACGUCGAGACCAGCAACACAAGAUUGGUAUCUCUGGCCGUGCAAACUUGGUGGCUUCCUCCUCGAGUCGUGGAUCUUUCGAGCUCGCCGAUUUCAGCGUCACCCAGUCUUCUAGAGAAAGAGUCCCGCCUUCCACAUCGGCCGGUGUUCACCCUCCGCCGCGUGCCUCACGGCCAUCUCGAUCCUCCACAGACUCACGGCCGUUCGACGGACUUGGGGCACGACAAGACACAGCGUGGGAGAAAGCAUCUUCACCUAAUCAGCUCCCUGGGGGUGGCGCCCGGUCUACUCCCCUCAGGUUCUGGCGAGAGGCGCUUCACAAUCGGGCGAAUCGAACAAACCGAGCAAAUCAGGCUCAAGACCAGGUCGAUCCUGAGACUGCAGACAAAAUGAAGUUCUCGCAUAGUAUUCAGUUCAAUGCGGUGCCCGACUGGAGCAAUAAUUAUAUUGCGUAUAGCAAUCUCAAGAAAUUGAUAUAUACACUUGAGAAACAAGUCAACCGACCUGAAGGCCAAGGAAAUGGAGACGUCGAGUCGGCACCAUUGCUCGGCCCUCAAAUCACCAACCCGGACGGUAUUUUCAAGCGUGCCCUCGAUGCCGAGCUGCAAAAGGUUCUCGUAUUCUAUGACCAGAAAGAAGCGGAAAUUUUUGAUCGCACUGAACAAUUGAUGCGAGAUGCCAUAGUAUAUCUCAACGAAACGGACGGUGUCAAUAUGGAUCCUGUUAGCGAGACAACUGUCAAGGCCACUUCUCGCCGUGGAAGAACGAGUGGCGGCUUCGCCCAAGCACGUCAGACUGGCGCUACUAGCGAUGAAGAUGGAGACAGUGAUGAUGAACCGUCUUCUUCGCUUGCAAAUCUGCGAAACAGAAGACAGUCGACAGAUGGGGAAUCAACAACGGAUGUGCAACCCGGUGACCUAUCAGAUUCGGCGUACUUUGGACAGGCAAGCAGUCGAGGACUCGCGGGCUCUGAAAUCGGUGACCAAGCGUUCCUUGCUCUUUAUAAUGCUGGUGUCGAUCUAAAGAAGCGUCUCGUUGAAGGUUAUGUCACCCUUCGUGAGCUCAGAUCUUUCAUCGAAUUGAACAAGACCGGAUUCGCCAAAGCCCUGAAGAAGUAUGAUAAGACUCUUUUCCGCAGUUUGCGCCGGGAUUAUCUCAACUCUGUCGUGAAUUCAGCGGAACCUUUCACUGAAAGCACGAUGGCAACUGUUGAUUCGUAUAUCGACAAGGUCGAGGGCGUGUACGCUGAUAUAGUCACAAAGGGUAAUCGCUCGUUGGCUAAUCGAGAGCUACGUUUACAUCUACGUGAACAUGUGGUGUGGGAGCGAAACACUGUAUGGCGCGAGAUGAUUGCGAUUGAACGUCGUGGUCAAGCCUUAAAUGUUGGUAUUCGUCAAACUUUACUUGGAGCCGACGAAGACCCAGAAACCGCGCGUCGUCAAGGCGACAAGCAAGAAAUCCAGACAACGGAGAUUUCAACACCCCUUGGUCGAAUUCACUUCCCACUGUGGUUUUGCAGUUUGAGCUUUGGUACAUUGGUUCUCAGUUUUGCUGUCUUCGGUGCUUUGCUUUCACUGCAGAUUAUGGAAACAGCUGAACAGCAAAACUGCUUGGCAAUGCUUGUGCUUGUGAGCAUUUUGUGGGCCACUGAGGCCAUUCCUCUUUUCGUUACAUCUCUUUUGAUCCCAUUUUUGGUUGUGGUUCUUGGGAUUAUGCGAUCAACCGACAAUCCGCCAAAACGAUUGGGCCCCAAGGAGGCAACUGGUGUGGUAUUCGGUGCGAUGUGGACUCCCGUCAUUAUGCUACUUCUUGGUGGCUUCACCAUUGCUGCAGCGCUCUCUAAAUAUGACAUCGCCAGACGUAUGGCUAUGUUUGUGCUCAGCAAGGCCGGAUCUAAACCGCAUACUGUCUUGCUGACCAACAUGUUUGUGAGCAUGUUUUUGAGUAUGUGGAUCAGUAAUGUGGCUUCCCCUGUCCUUUGUUACUCUAUCAUCCAACCCCUCUUGCGCAAUUUGCCUGCGGAAUCAGAUUUCGCCAAGGCACUCGUUUUAGGUAUUGCCCUUGCAGCCAAUGUUGGCGGAGCAGCGUCGCCAAUUGCAUCGCCCCAGAACAUCAUUGCGCUACAGAAUAUGCACCCCAACAUCAGUUGGGGUACUUGGUUUUUUAUCGCAUUGCCCGUCUGUAUCAUCUCAAUCCUACUGAUCUGGGGUCUUUUGUUGGUGACGUUCCAUCCCAACCGCAAUACAACUGUUAUUCCGAUGCGCCCCGUUAAGGAUCGGUUCACUGGCAUCCAGUAUUUUAUUAGUGCAGUGACCCUUGGGACUAUUGUGCUCUGGUGUGUUAGCCACCAACUCGAGCAUAUCUUCGGAGACAUGGGUGUGAUCGCUAUCAUCCCUCUCGUGUUGUUCUUCGGUACUGGUAUCCUCAACAAAGAAGACUUUAACAACUUCCUCUGGACCAUCAUCAUCCUUGCCGCUGGUGGUCUCUGCCUGGGCAAGGCCGUCACUUCAUCUGGCCUCCUACACACCAUUGCUUCCGGAAUCACGGUUCGCGUUGAACAUCUCAGUCUAUAUACUGUGCUCCUCAUCGUUUGCGCCCUCAUUCUUGUCAUCGCCACCUUCAUCUCGCAUACCGUUGCAGCAUUGAUCAUCUUGCCUCUUGUCCGUCAAAUCGGCGUCAGCAUGGAGGAUCCUCACCCCAACUUGCUCGUCAUGGCAAGCGCCUUGAUGUGCUCUGUUGCCAUGGGAUUGCCAACUAGCGGGUUCCCCAAUAUGACUGCGAUCAUGGCGGAAGUCCCGCAAACAGGUCAGCGAUACCUUCAAGUCCGGCACUUCCUUACUCGCGGUGUCCCCUCGAGUAUCAUGUCCUUCGUGGUGAUUGUCACGCUUGGGUACGGCUUGAUGAUCAUUGCGGGAUUGUAA